AUGCUGGACGAUGCGCGCGCGCUGCAGUCGGGCCACACGCUGCAGACAGAGGAGAUGAACUACGGCCGCUCUAUGAAGGAGUCGCCCUUCCAGACCAUGGCAGAGCGUGAGAACUUUCGGCGAGUGAGCAUGGAUUGGCACCGCGUGCUGGAGUUUGCCUCUGCCUGGGAGGACGGCCGCAUGCACCCUGGGGUCCGAGCAGAGAUGCUCGCGCAGCAAGAGAAACAGGCGCUUCAGCGCUGGUCAGCACUUGCGGCAGCAGACCUUAAGCUUGAGUUUAGACGGCUUGUUGGACAACCAGACGCGGAGUAUCAGGGCAAGCAGGAGGAAUGCCUCCAGGCGAUUGUGCAGCGACAACUGCGCGUGCUAGCUGUAAUGGCUACAGGUACGGGCAAGAGUAUGCUGUUCAUGCUGCCCGCGUCCGUCUCGCCAGGCGGCGUUACUAUUGUUAUCGCGCCGCUCAACGCUCUGCGAGACAGUCUGCAGGACCGCUGCGAUCAGCUAGGCAUCCCCUGCGCGAAGUGGGACGGGAGGAGGCCGCCGUACUGGGCUCGCAUCGUGCUGGUGACGCCUGAGAGCGCAGUCACAAAGGCCUUUAGCCGGUUUAUCGACAAGAAGCGUAUAAUGCAACAGCUAGACCGCAUUGUAAUUGACAAGUGCCACGUGCUGCUGGAGUCGAACGCAACCUGGCGACCAGACGUCCUUAAGCUGACAGAGAUGACGGACAAGGGCACGCAGGUUAUCUACCUUACAGCGACCCUGCCGCCCACGCUGCAGCCUGCCUUCCUGCAGACCGCAGGGCUUAACCUAAAGACCUUGACCAUCUGCCGCAAUGAGCGCACCGCGCGAACGAACAUUGCUUACCAGGUGCUGGACUACGAGCGUGGCACGCUAGACAGCGUGCUCACUACGCUUAUUGCAGCAAAGAGGAAGAGAUACGGAACUGAAGCGCAGAUCCUUGUGUUUUGUACAAGCGUAGAGGAGACCAAGCGGUUAGCAAAGCUCCUCCAGUGCUCAGCGUACUACCGCGAGAUGGCUGCUGACAACGACAAGGCGCGUAUGGUCCGCAACUUCACAUCAGGGCUAGAGAAGCUAUGCACGGCCACCAGCAUGCUUAGUCUUGGCCUGGAUGCCCCAGGUGUCUGGGUUGUGAUCCACGUUUCUAUGUGUCGCCUGCUGCUCCAGUACGUUCAAGAGAGCGGUCGAGCUGGACGAACAGGUGCAAGCAGCGAGUCUAUUGUCCUAAGAGGGUGCUGGCAGGCUAGAGGGGGACACGUAGAGAAGUCGCUCGGCUAUAAGUUGGAACUGGCCGCCAAAGACUUCUUGUCUGCAGAAUUGUGCCGGAGAGUCGCUGUAGACAGGCAUAUGGACGGAAGGCAAGAUAGGCAGCAAUGCGAGGCAGGGGAGGCAAAGUGUGAUUUGUGCGAGCAGCUCCCACGCGGGGUGAAGCGAAAAGCUGCAGAGAAGGAGCAAGACGCACGAGGUCAGGUGUCAAUAACCGCUGCUGCGGCCGCAAAAGCGCGGCGCGAGGAACUCGAGGAGCUUGCAGCACUUGAGGAGCGGAAGAGUGAGAUCCAGCUGCAACGGAAGACAGAGCAAGCAGGCUACCAGCUGGAGCGACUCAGGCAGCAUCUUGAUCGCUGGAGCAAUGCAUGUGUCAUCUGCAUGGCCGCCCACGCCGAGUUAGCAGAUCACAGGUAG